GUAAUUGAGGAAGUCAGAGAUGUAACAACUGGCCUUUGCUUUGCUAAAAAGACCUUCCGGUUAGACGCAGGCCGAUUAGACGAAGCUAAACAGAUUCUCCGUCACGAGGCUCAAACUAUUCGGGGCCUGGCACCACACCCUCACGUCAUCCGAAUUCACACGACCUAUAUUGUUGAGAAGAAGUUAGCUGUCAUUCUACAGCCUGCUGUUAGUCAAGGAGCCCUUGCUACAUUUCUGUCAAUCUUUAGAAACGUGGGCGAGCAUGAAAAUGCGUUCAUUAUACGAAGAGCGUUUGGAUGCCUACCCCGUUGCAUGGACUACAUGCAUAGCGAUGCGCUUAGCCACAUGCUAUUCAUCAGAAACAAGGAUGCCAAACCUCGUAACAUUCUUUUUCACCAAGAUUUUACAGAUUUCGGUUUAUCAAACCACUGUACUCACCGGCAUACUACUACUAGCGUCAGGCCAGCGCAGUUCACGGCAAAAUACUGCGCUCCCGAGGCCGCGGACCUUAAUAACAGGAACAGGAAAUCGGACAUCUUCUCGCUGGGUUGCGAGUUCCUAGAUAUGUUCGCUUCUCUC